AUGACCACACCAAAACCCCACAUCGCCCAAACCCUCCUGGAGCGCGCCCAUUCCCCGGACACAGCAUCGCAGCUCUUCAAAGAACGCAUAAAACAAAAACCCCUCUACCUGCGCCCAACAUCGCCCACACCCGAAGACAACCGCGACCGUCGCCGUCGCCACCGUCUCCAGAAGAAAGCCUACUUCCUCCGCAAACAGAAGCCGCGGCCGCUGUCGGCGCGCGAGAAGCGCGCCUCCGGGAUCUACGACCUGCCCAAGGAGGAGUGCAAGUAUGCGAUUUUCAAGGGCCUGCAUGCCAUGUGGGUGGCGUAUAUGCGGGAGGUUCUGGAUCUCGGGGGUCGCAAGUCGGACGAGGUUAACGUGACGGCGUUGUCGCAUGGGAGUAAGCUGGUUAGUGCAGAUUUCCAUGGGGCAGAGGUCGAGGUUGUGAGGAGUCGGUGUGCGGGGAGGGUUGGGGUUAGAGGCUUUGUGGUUAGGGAUACGAAGUUUACUUUUGUGGUUGUUACGGAGGGGGAUGAAGUUAAGACUUUGCCGAAGGAACAGACCAUUUUUCGCUUUCGGGUGCCCUUGUCUGCGCCGGGUCAGGAUGGCAUGGAUGUGACGGAGGAUCUCAGUGCGAAUGCUGGUUCCAGUGCCAGGAAGGAGCUUACGUUUGAGCUUCAUGGGAGUCAGUUCCUGAAUCGACCGGUGGAUCGUGCAAACAAGAAGUUCAAGUGGCGCAAUGUGGACUAUCUUUGA